UGUAGCUACGUCAUCAACGUGCGCCAGCAGCUGCAGUAAAUAAAUGGAACGCGACCGGUUCCACUGAAACUUUUAACUCGAGACUUUUAUCACAUUCGGUCGUUUCGGUGUCUUCGGGUUUUCCCGCGUGUUUCCGGUAGAUUAACGAGUGCAGGUGACGUGUGACGCUGCGCGUGCUGCCCGUCACAUUCUGCUGGUUCGUUCAAUAACAGUGAAGAAGAUGCCACGAGGAGGUUUACCUGACAGAUGGUUGGAUUAUAAAGCCGUCGGUAAAAGACUCGACGGGACACGUUUCAUCGCCUUCAAGGUUCCUCUCAAACAGUCUCUGAACCGUCUCCUCUCUGGCUCGGACGUCUUCGGCCCCUGGGAGCUGCUGGAGACGCUGAGCAAAGACAAUCAGGAGCUGGGUUUGAUUAUUGAUCUGACUUUCACCACACGAUACUACAAACUACAGGACAUGCCAAAUUGUCUGCUGUUUGUGAAGAUCUUCACACGUGGUCAUGAGGUUCCCAGUGACUCAACGAUCCUGAGCUUCAAGCGCACAGUUCGCAGGUUUCUACGAGAAAACGCAGACAACGACAAACUGAUCGGAGUCCACUGCACCCACGGCCUGAAUCGCACCGGUUACCUGAUCUGCAGGUAUCUGAUCGACGUGGACGGGAUGGAUCCGAAACACGCUGUCGACUUGUUCAACUCGUCACGAGGUCACGAUAUAGAGAGAAAGAACUAUCUGCACGAUCUCGUGCGUGGACGGAAGAGGAGUAACGAGGGGAUGGACGACUUUGAGAAGGAGCCACAGAGAGGAGGUGCCACACAUCGACCAUGUGACGCUGCAGCGGACUCCUACGACAGAGAGGAGAGACGACCACCCUGUGGUGACUCCUGGGACGGAUCUUUUGCUCCCAGAGGAUUAAGCCACCGCCCACAUCAUCGCCCUCCCCACGACGCCCUGCAGUCCAAUCCAGGGUUCCACCCCCCGCUGUUCCACCCUCCACCCCCUUAUCACCCACAGAUGCGAGCCCCGCCCCACCCAUAUGGAUGGACACCCCCUCCUCCCAGCCGUCAGUGGAGGGGACCCCCCCGCCCAGAGGACAGUUGGUUCCGACCCCACCAACCUGAGCCGCAGUGGAGACAAGCGCUGCCGCCUCCCCCCCUCCCCCGUUACACCCCCCGCUGGACCAACGAGUCCAACAGACGUCGUGAGGGGGAGUGGUCGGGUCACAACCUGGACUGAGCGGAUACGAGCGCUCGUCUGAUCACAUGUUCACAGAAAGUUUCUAACUGAUGUCACAUGUUGUCAUUCAUUCUUAUAAACACGUUUUAGAUCCGAUCUCUUCGAGAGGCUGCGUCUCGUUUCCACGUCGACUUGACAAAUGAGACAUUUUAAUAACUUUUAAUUCAUUUUUAAAUUGACUCAAUGAAAUAACUUAAAGUUGUUGUUUACGCUUGUUGGUGCAAACCCGACUCUUAGUGCUGCAGCCAUCGUCAUGACAACGAUCACAGUUUCCUAAUGUGGCAUGUUAGCUAACGAUGCUAAAGAGAAGAACGCAGGAAAUAAAAUGUGAUAGAACACACGCCAGGUUCACGAGCUGACUCCGCCUCCUCUUUCACAUUCAUUUGAUUGGCUGGUGCCAACAUUUAAAGUUGAGUUUCGCUGAACUUCGGCCGAGCGACACGACGCAGCGACAGUUCGUCAACGGAAGACGUUUCUGUUGAACGCGUGUUACAGCACAAAUCAAACAGAGGCUGAUUUACAUCUGGAAUCAAAUCAACACUGAGCAACAGCGCCCUCUGCAGCCGCACUCAGUGAACUGAAACACAACUGAACGCUGGACAUUACCCAUGAUCCUCUGCUUCCUGAACCAGAGGAGCGGCGGCUGUAACGAAUCCACUAAACUGUUCAGACUUCUUCAUGUUUUAAAAGUUUCCUGGUUUUUAACGAGUCGUUUUCACUGUGAUUGGCUGCAGACCAGCGAUGUGAUUGGUUGAGAGCGUUCACCGCUGCUUCUUCUCUCCUCGUGACACGAGCGAGACUAACGACGUGCUGAAGUUAACGAGGCUCCAUCAGCUCUGUCUGCCUUCUUCAAACUGACCUGCAGUUAAAUGUCCGGGAGAAUAAAAGUUUGAAGUGAUUUUUUUUGUCUUUCAUCUAAAGUAGAUUUUUCCAGGUUUGUGACGAUCGUCUCCAUCUUUGAUUCUUUUCUCAUCAACACGAACACGUGCACGUUGCCAAGUUUCACCUUCAGUUCACGCUCAUAAAACACGAGCAGAUAUUUCCAGAGAAAAGUUUUUAUUUGAAUCUGAACUUUAACCAAUAAUUCAUUGUUAAAAUUGUUGGUUAUUAAUUUUAUACUAAUCUUUUAGUCGCUCAACAGAAAACUUGGAUUUGUUCGGAUGGAUGAGGGUGAGUGUAAAAACAUGUCGUCCAAUAAAACAAUGUUUAAAUGUCAAUAAAAAACAUUUGAAAGAUUUUUUAGAUGGAACAUUUUUAA